ACUCAUCUCCCACUUUCAAUUCAUUCUCCAUCAUUCAAGCAGCAUAUGUCUCAUAGGCCCAUCGUUCCUCAUUCUUCUUCCAUCGCUUUUGGCCUCCACUCCCAUCUCCUGGUCUCCAGUGAGAUGAACCCUAAUUCUAACUGGUAAUUCAUCAUCUUCUUUAACGUUUUUAUUCACUCUAAUUCAUCGCCCACCUCUCCUUCGUUCCUUUCUUUGGAUUUAUUUCUUCCAACAAAUAAUGGGUCUCAAAGGAUUUGUGGAAGGCGGUAUCGCUUCUAUUGUCGCCGGCUGUUCGACUCAUCCACUCGAUCUCCUCAAAGUCCGCAUGCAGCUUCAGGGUGAAGCCCACGCGCCCACACAAGCGGUUCAAUCUCUCCGCCCCGCUCUCGCCUUCCAUACCACCACCGCCGUCUCUGCCGUUCACGUCCCACCACCACGUGUUGGUCUCAUCACGGUCGGCGUCCGUCUCGUCGAACAAGAAGGACUUGCAGCUCUUUUUUCCGGCGUCUCCGCCACCGUUCUCCGUCAGUCUCUAUACUCCACCACCCGGAUGGGCCUUUACGAUAUUCUCAAAAAGAAAUGGACAGACCCCGAAACCCGAAGCAUGCCUCUCGCGAGCAAAAUCCUCGCUGGUUUAAUCGCCGGGGGAAUCGGAGCCGCUGUUGGGAACCCUGCUGAUGUGGCAAUGGUUCGUAUGCAGGCCGACGGUAGACUUCCUCCGGCUCAGCGUCGGAACUACAAGAGCGUGGUGGACGCCAUCACGAGAAUGGCAAAACAGGAGGGCCUGGCGAGCCUGUGGCGCGGCUCAUCCCUUACGGUGAAUCGCGCCAUGUUAGUUACAGCGUCACAGUUAGCUUCGUACGAUCAGAUCAAAGAAAUAAUCUUGGAGAAAGGCCUGAUGCGUGAUGGGCUGGGGACGCACGUGACAGCGAGUUUCGCAGCGGGGUUCGUGGCGGCGGUGGCGUCAAACCCGGUGGAUGUGAUAAAGACAAGGGUGAUGAACAUGAAGGUGGAGCCGGGGAUGGCGCCGCCGUACAAGGGGGCGAUAGAUUGUGCGAUGAAGACAGUAAAAGCGGAGGGGCCGAUGGCUCUGUAUAAAGGUUUUAUUCCGACGAUAUCGAGACAAGGGCCGUUUACGGUCGUCCUGUUUGUUACGCUAGAACAAGUCAGGAAAUUGCUCAAGGAUUUCUAAAGAAGAAGAAGAUGAUGAUGAUGAAAAUUAUAUUAUUGUGUUUUUUUACUUUUUAAUUUGAUAUGGGGAACUAAAGUUCCAGAUGUAUGCUUCAUUUUUAUUCUCGUGGCGUUAAAAUAAAAUAAAACAAAAUUUGUUCGAUUA